UCACUGACGUCAGAGCGGCUGUCCCUCAAGACUUAAACCCAUUGCUGUCACUCACGAGGAACCGGAACCAAGCCCGCAACGCCUGUCUGCUCAAUACCGCGGGUUUUGCGCGCAUGACACGCAGAGUGGAAUAACAAUGCUUAAAAACCAUGUCUCUGAAAGAAGAUACAAGAAAAACGAGCUCUCACCCAACCAAUCUGUAUACUAGCCUCCCUCAGACAUGCCUACCCAUCGUGUACCACCCAGACUACAACAUCACCUUCAUGGGCUUGGAGAAGCUGCACCCCUUUGAUGCAGGAAAAUGGGGAAAAGUCAUCCACUUUCUAAAAGAGGAAUGCUUUCUCACUGAUGCUGACAUCGUGGAAGCCCGUGAAGCCACGGAGGAGGAUCUGCUGGUGGUUCACACCAAACACUAUCUGAAAAGGUUAAAGUGGUCGGUCGUCGUGGCAACCAUCACAGAAAUCCCUCCGCUCUUGUUUCUGCCGAAUUUCCUGGUGCAGCGAAAGGUGCUGAGGCCUUUACGGACGCAAACAGGAGGAACCAUCAUGGCUGGAAAACUGGCUGUUGACCGAGGAUGGGCCAUCAACGUUGGUGGGGGCUUCCAUCACUGCUCCAGUAACAAGGGUGGAGGCUUUUGCGCCUAUGCGGACAUCACUCUGGCCAUCAAGUUUCUGUUUGAGAGAGUGGAAGGCAUCUCCAAGGCCACCAUCAUCGAUUUAGAUGCUCAUCAGGGAAACGGUCAUGAGCGCGACUUCUUGGAGGACAGGCGGGUCUACAUCAUGGACGUGUAUAAUUCCCACAUCUAUCCUGGGGACGGACACGCCAAGCGAGCCAUAAGGAGAAAGGUGGAGCUGGACUGGGGAACCGAAGACUCUGAGUACCUUCAGAAGGUGGAGCUUCACUGCGAGGGUGCACUGAAUGAGCUCCGCCCUGACAUCAUCGUCUACAAUGCAGGAACGGACAUCCUGGAUGGAGACCCCCUCGGAGGGCUAUCCAUAUCACCUCAGGGCAUUGUGAAGCGGGACGAGAUCGUGUUUAGGGCUGCAAAGCAGCGAGGCAUCCCCAUACUGAUGGUGACAUCUGGAGGAUACCAGAAAAGAACGGCAAGGAUCAUCGCUGACUCCAUCCUGAACCUGAGGCAGCAGGGCCUGAUCAGAGGCGGAGCUGGACAGAGCGAGGGGCUUCCUCUGAGGGCGACCCACAUGGAGAGCAGCUCUGGGUCAGCUGGGUCCACUUCCACGCGAGAAUGAGGAGUUUCGGUCCACUUCCACGCGAGAAUGAGGAGUUUCUGUCUGCACACGUCCUCAAUGCACUCUGAACUUUUGCUCUUUUGCACAACAAAAAACUUCUUGAGCUUUCUGACGUUUUGUUUUGAGGUCAUCAAAGCUAAAACUGUAAGGAAAUAACAGCCUUUUCUCGUGUGACUUGUGUUCAAAAAGUGUUUACAUUUUAACCAGAAGAACUA